CUAAAAAAAUAUCUUUCACUCAAAUUUAAUCAUUCUUUUUUUUCUGAAAGGAAUAAUCAGAAAUGGAUGUUAAGGCAAGGGAGUGUGCUCCAAAUGUUCAAAGCAGUGAAGAGGAAGACAUGGAGUUGAAACGAGGCUCCUGGACUGUAGAAGAAGACUUUAAGCUCAUCGAUUACAUUGCCACUCAUGGCGAAGGUCGAUGGAACUCCCUUGCUCGUUGUGCGGAUCUCAAAAGGACCGGAAAAAGCUGCAGAUUAAGAUGGUUGAAUUAUCUCCGGCCGGAUGUUCGACGUGGGAAUAUCACUCUUGAAGAGCAACUUUUGAUUCUGGAACUUCACUCUCGGUGGGGAAACAGAUGGUCAAAAAUCGCCCAACAUUUGCCUGGAAGGACCGACAAUGAGAUCAAGAACUACUGGAGAACUCGAGUCCAGAAACAUGCGAAGCAACUCAAGUGUGACGUGAACAGCAAACAAUUCAAAGACACCAUGCGUUACCUUUGGAUGCCUAGGUUAGUCGAAAGAAUUCAAGCUGCUGCUGCCUCCUCCACGGUGGCUACCACGGCAUCCACCACCACCUCAACUUCGGUUGUGGGAUCGUGGAAAACAGUAUUCCCCGAUGACCACCUUGGGGGCACACAAGUGAACUCCUCGAAUUAUACUGUAGAGAAUUCCAGCACCACCACAGCAUCGUCGGACUCUUUCGCGACUCAAGCCUCACUGGUUUCGGAUUUCUCCGAUUAUUACAGCAGCAACAACAUCUCCAUUAAUAAUUCUAAUCCGAACUGUGUCGAAGAGUUCUCCGGUAAUUUCUACAACUAUGGCAUAGAUUUUCAGUCUUUGGAGCAAAGCAACAACCCUUGGCUAGAUACCAUUGAUGCCUCAGACAAUCUCUUCAACGCUGAGGAAUUUUACUUCUUACAGCAGCAAUUCAAUUUUAACAUGUGAAAAACAAAAAUAUCUCCAAAUACACUAAUAAACAAAGAAAAUCAGA